UCGGUGGACUGAUGGGAAGAGGAGAUGAAGGUUGAAGAUCCUUGGUUCCUCCUCUUAAAUCAUUGAACACCUUCCUUCCUUCUCUUUCUCGGUAAUAGAACUCAUCAUAUUUUAUAACACCCACAAAUAAUAAAACCCAUCUUUCAUUUUCCCUUGAAUGUAGACACACCGUUGUCGAACCACGUUAAUUCGUUUGUGUUAUUACCUCUUUAUUUCUCCGCAUCUUAUAUUUUGCUCUUGAUUUGUAGUUUCAUAUGAAGUUAUCUAUUGCUUUGUAUUUUUAAUCAAUUGGAUGUGAACUCAAAUAAAAAGGUGUUCACAGUAAUAUUGGUGUUGUUUAUAUUCUUGGUUCUUCCUCUUAAUACAAUCAUUCAUCAAUCUUUACCCUUUUGUUUCUCUUUACUCCUAAUAAUCUUGAUCAUCUUUCAUUUUACUGUAUUUUUCUUGAUUUUCUCCCUGUAUGACUAUGUUAAAGUAAGAUGAAGAAGAAGAUGGGUGACCAAAAUAUUGUCUCAAACUCCGAUUCAUCUCCAUCGGAAAAGAACAGCCCAGCUGCUGAUCAAUUUACUUGCAGUACUACUCAAUGCAGGAUCUAUAUGGAUGGAUCAUUAAGACCAAUCGGUUUUAGAUUUAAACCAACUGAUGCACAGUUGAUAUCUGAUUUCCUCUCUAAAAAAAUCAGAGGCCAACAGUUAGAAUCUAAUGACAUCCAAGAAGUUAAUCUUCGUGAUUUCACUUAUGCGGACCUUACAGAGAAGUAUAAGGAAUAUGCUGUAUAUGGAUCAGAAUGGCAUUUCUUCACUACCAGAGAACGAAAAUAUCCUAAAGGGGGUCGACCUAGACGUGAUGCUGGUAAUCAUGAGGGACACUGGAAAGCUUACGGGAAAGUUAAACCGAUACAAGACGAACACAAAAGAGUAAUUGGGACUAAAAGGACUUUGGCUUACCAUAUAUUCAAUAAGGAUUCAUCGACCAAAGAAAGUACCAAUGCUGAUAUCAAAAUGGUAGAGUACGUUGUGGUCGAUGCUGAAAUUGCAGCAGUUCCUGACACUAAUAUGGAAUGUUCAACCGAUACAGUGAAGCCAUUUACAGAUUUUUGCUUGUGUAAAAUAUAUAAGAAGCCUAGUAAAUUACCAGGAAAUUCAGAUUCACCCACUGAUGGUGAUGCUCGGGAGAUGGAAUUCGUCGAUCCGUUUCCAUGGUUUGCAAAUAAUCUAAGUGUAGAAGAGGAAAAUGAAUGCUGGGAGAUGGAACUUAAAGAAGAAAACCAAACGAACGCUUACUUUAAUGAGCUACCAGAUAUGGAUCAAAACGAUCCGGAUUUCUGGGAUUUUGAUGGACAACAUCUUCUCACAGAUGAGCAACUCUCCCUUAUCAGAUGUGACCGGAUUAAUUCACCAGUUGCCGCGCAGCAUCAGCAACAGCCACAACAACAAUGGCAUCCGCAGCAGCAGCGACAACAACAAUGGCGUCAGCAGCAGCCGACACAACAACAAUGGCAUCAGCAGCAGCAGCAGACACAACAACAAUGGCUUCAGCAGCAGCAGCAGACACAACAACAUUCGCAUCCGCAGCAGCAGACACAACAACAAUGGCAUCAUCAGCAGCAGCAGACACAACAACAAUGGCAUCAGCAGCAGCAGCAGACACAACAACAUUGGCAUCCGCAGCAGCAGACACAACAACAAUGGCAUCAGCAGCAGCAGACACAACAACAAUGGCAUCAGCAGCAGCAGACACAAUAGCAGAGGUAACAGCACAAGCAGCAGUGCAAAUAGCUUGAGAUAGUGUGUCACCUCAAUGAAGACAGCAGUGCUGCAUCCUGGACUGGAUGGUAUAAGCUUUUAAUUGAUCAGUAUUUUUUCCCCCUAGAAACCUCUGGAUUAUAAUCAAGCAUGGAUUCUUAGUUUGGUCAUAAUCGAACCAAAUUGUGUUUUAUUUCUUAGAUUUAAUUUCGCCUAAACUAACAAAUGAUGAAGGCUUAAUCAUUUCGAGAUCCUUAAUGUGGUUGUUGGUAUGGAACUCACCACCAUGAACUAAAUUGACUUCCACUCAUAUGUUUGUGAGCUCUUGUUUUUUGCUUCUUCUCAGUUGUGCCACCUCUGUCCAUUUAUGACAUAGCCAUUUGCUAAGUUGGGGAACUGCAUAAUUGUACUGUAUUGUUUCUUCCAAGUGCUAAGUUUUGUAAGUAUUAUUACGAGUUU